AUGCAGCCCACAAAAAGACCACGCUCGGAAGAUGCCUGGACGGUAGGCUCAGAAUCCCCGGAGACCCUCAAGGCCAUCGCCGAUUCCGUCGAUAGGCACGACGAGCAGCUGUGGAAGAUCGGUCAGCUCAUCCACAGUAACCCGGAGCUUGGCUACGCCGAGUUCAAGGCCCACGACAACAUUACGGCGCUCCUGGAGUCGCUCGGCUACGCCGUGACGCGGCACGCCUACGGCCUGGAGACCUCCUUCAUGGCCGAGUUCGGCUCGGGCGGGCGCGUCGUCGCCUUCAACGCCGAGUACGACGCCCUGCCCGAGAUGGGCCACGCCUGCGGCCACAACCUCAUCGCCAUGAUGUCCAUCGGCGCCUUCGUCGCGCUGGCCGAGGCGCUCAAGGCCAGACCAGGCGUCCCGGGCCGCGUCCGCCUGGUCGGCACGCCGGCCGAGGAGGGCGGCGGCGGCAAGGCGCGGCUCGUGGCGGCGGGCGCGUACGCCGACGUCGACGCCUGCCUCAUGGCGCACCCGGGCCCGGCGUCGUCGUGCGGGCCCGGCUGGGACGGCCACUCGUACAUGCCGACGCUGGCGAACCACAAGUUCACGGUGCACUACACGGGCAAGCCGGCGCACGCGGCCGUCAGCCCCUGGCAGGGGGUCAACGCGCUCGACGCCGUCGUCCUGGCCUACACGGGCAUCAGCGCCCUGCGGCAGCAGAUCCGCCCGGAGCAGCGCAUCCACGGCGUCAUCACCAAGGGCGGCACGCGGCCCAACGUCAUCACCGCCGACGCGGCGCUCGACUACUACAUCCGCAGCCCGACGCUCGAGGGCGCGGACGAGCUGCUGGGCCGGGCCAAGAAGUGCUUUGAGGGCGCGGCGGUGCAGACAGGGUGCACUGUCGAUUUCGAGAUACGGAAUACUUGUGCAGAUGUCAGGCCGAACAAGCCGAUAUGCACUCUCUACGCCGAUGCCAUGACCAAGAUUGGGAGCAAGGUUGGGUGUGAUCUCAAUGCUAGCCCGGUCUCCGGGUCUACUGAUCAAGGUAACGUCAGCUACGAGUGCCCUGCGUUCCACGCCAUCGUCGGCAUCCCAGCAGCGCCAGGGUCCUUCAACCACACCCCGGGGUUCACUGCCUUUGCUGCAGCAAGAGAGGCACAUGACAAGUGCAUUCCGGUCGCCAAGGGCAUGGCCAUCGCCGGGUGGAAUAUCCUUGCGGACGACGCCAUCGCUGCGCGGGUCAAGGAGGACUUUGAGGAGGAUAAGAAGUCGCGCGGCAGUCUGCCCAAUGCUGUAGAUAUGCCUCAUGGCGCUGGUUGCUGCCAUGAGUGA